UCACCAAAUGCAACACAAUCAUAUAAAGCCAAAUGAAUUUAGAAUCCAUCGAAGAAACAAUUAAAAUCCAGCUAACUUCCCCAUCAUCGUCCUAAGGCGAUCGAUAUUUACAAUUAAUUCUUCCUCUUUUGUCUCUCUCACUGUGUAUAAACUCAACAUAUGAGCCCUUUUUUCGAUUGCCAGUUACUUCUCAGAAAACUGACCAACUUCAAGAUUCUGAAGACACAAAAAUGUCUCGUAGCGUAAUUUCGAAGGCGAAAAUCUGUAUAAAGACGGAAGAUUUUUCAACCACAGAUGGCUUGAGCCAAACGAAAGACUUGUCUCAAACAACUAGGUUGUUCAGAAAAUAUCUUCAUGCAAAAGCUCAGCCAAAUAUAGGAAAAACAAACAUGGAAGAAUCUGAAGAUAUUAAGAGGAAAUCUCCACCGGCUGGCCACCGUUUAGCGCCUCCUUUGUUCGGCUGCAACUUUUCCCGCCACCCUUCUCUUCUUGAACAAAAAUUAUUUCCUGCAAUUGGAGGAGAUCCAACAGAAGCAAAUUCAGUAGAUGCAGAGACGUACAAAGAACAACAACUUACAAUUUUCUAUGGGGGCACAGUUCAUGUGUAUGAUAAUGUUCCUGUUGACAAGGCUGAAGCCAUAAUGCUUCUUGCUGGAGAAAUCAAUUUGUCAAAGCCAAAACCAGAAAGCAACCCACCCCUUCAAUUAUUCAACCUUGAAUCACUUUGCAAGCUACGAGCAGACCUUCCCAUUGCACGAAAGUUGUCACUUCAACAUUUUCUUGAAAAACGACGACAAAGGAUAGUGAACAAAUCUCCAUAUCAUCUACCUCUCAACACAAAACAUAACAAGAAGAAAGAGGCACCAGAAAAUAAUGGUAAUGAAGGCUCCAAAGUGAAUCAAAGCUUGUCUCUUUCACCUUUCCCUUAAGAUUGGGGAGCUUUUUCCCGGUAUCGACCAACAAAGCUGUUCAAGGAUAAACUAUCUUUCCAUAUCCAUACCAAUUAAUUCAUACUUUAUUUCUAUAAUUUCCCUAUUUAUAUAAAAAUCAUAAUAUAUAAAAUACAAUUCUUUCUUAACA